GUCGACGAAUUUAUCAUAAGCACGCGGCGGAAAAGUGGACAGCAAACUGAGAAAAGUGUCCUCAACAUAUGGAAGCGCUGGUUGACCAUCGCAAUUGCAUCGGGACAAGUCCCGGAUGUGAUCAUCGAUGCACACCACAUCAUCAAGUACCUUAAGUACACCGGCACCCGCAAACUGCUCACCCGAAAUGGUGGCGAACAAGAUCAUGCAAAUGGAUCUUUGCGUGAAGACUUUGAUGUCACAGAGAACACAAUCCUGGACUCCCACCUAUUUCCCGAACAUUUCGAGCAGGUCAAGAAGUCCGUGUUCACGUCCCUCACUCAAUUGCUGUCAGUCAUCAAGGCUCAUCAGUGUUGGACGUGGCAAUGCACCACAUUGAACUGGGGUGACGAGCUCGUCACUCUUCUGCUAUCCUGCAUCCAGCCAUACAAAGUCUUUGUUCCGGACUAUACAACAGCUGAUGGGAGGAGAAGUGGGAAGCCCGACUACAAUUUUGUGCUCCCGCACAAGGACCCACUGAAGUGCCCAAUCAGGGCCCUCGCAAUCUCACUCCAUUACCAAUUUGAUCAAGAGGGCCUGAUGAGCAAGGUCAAUGGCUGGGACUGGUCGCGGUCAGCCACAUGGCGUGAGGUUAAACUCAUGUUUGGAAAGCACGUCGGACAGCCAUCGAGUGGUGAUGCUCUCCGGAAGAUGUAUACAACCAUGCUGGGCCCGACGACAAUCACAUCAAAGAAGAAGCUGCAUCUUGCUCGCUGUACAAUGCCGAGUGUGAUGGAGGACAUGGGGUCUGUGAUUUUUGGCAUGUUCUUCGAGAGCCUAGCUGUCUGUGCCCUGGCUGGGUUCUAUGUUGGGGAGCAGUACAAUGUUCCAUGGGCAACAACUGAUGUCCCGGCUGAGCUACAGAUGCAAAUAUUUCCUUUUGCUGAGGAUGCUCUGGCGAAUCUCCGACAGGCACCCAACAUCAACUACGGCACUGUCAACUUCCUCGAGCUGCUGCAGCUCCUCCGUGGCUACUUCUGGCAGGUUGUUGCUGCAAUCCACCACCCGUUCCCGGACUCUGCCCUUCUGAAAUGGCUGCAUGUUGUGCAGUCCAGUGAGGCCAAGAUGUUCCUUCGGCAGUGGCCAAGGGCCAGGGAAGCUCUCGAGGCCACUGCACAAUCUGACCUUUCCAUCAGCAGUUCGUUUGCGGAGGCUGCCACACAAAGUGCCUUUCUUCUUCGACGGACAGAGCCACUCUCUCCAUCGAAGAAC